AUGGACACUCGCAGCACCUGGUCCCGUGGUCCGGCGACAUGCCCAGAGGGCUGGCGGCCGAAGGUUGGCCGCAAGCCAAGAGGAGAGGCGCCGGGAUGGGAGGCUUUCCUGCUGCCCUCCUCGCCAGUGAAGGCGGCGGCAGCUUUGCUUACAGAGGAGGAGUUUCGCAAACACCCCCUGUCCAUGCAGAGUACGGCAGCAUCUUUCAGCCCGCCGCAGGCGUCCUUCAGCCCACACCAGGCGGAGGUCUUGGCAGAUGUGUCCAUGACCCAAGCGCGGCAGACGGGCCAGGAUGUCUUGAAGUCCCUUUUGGCGGUGGAUGAUGAUGUGCCGGCGGAAAUGGUGAAGUCAGCUCGGGAGCCGCGAGAGCGCCGGGGCCGCAGUUUUGGACGGGCACCCCGCCGAAGCCUCCGCCCGCGACUUGAGCCAGCCGCCGUGCAAGAGCAGGUGCCUUCCCCGCCAGAGCCAUCCCCGACGUCCCCAGAGAAGCGAUCGCCGUCCCCGGCGUCGGCGUCACCCAAAGCAUCGGCGUCGCCCAAAGCAUCGGCGUCGCCCAAAGCGCAGCCCAAGAAACUGUUCAAGGCGGUGACGAUGGUCAUGAAGGACCGCGCGAUGGCCGCGAAGACUCAGACGGCUCCCGAGGUUCCGACCGAGCGGCCGCGCACCGCCUCCUCCUUGAGCUCCGGCUCGCGCCUGGAGUCCUUGUCGGGCACGGAGGGCCGGUCCUCCUUGACGCCCACCAAGUCCCACAGAAAGAACUCCGGCUCCGGCUCCGGCUCUGCCUCCGGCUCGGGCGCAAAGUCCAAGAUCUUGCAAAAGGUCGCCGUGGCUUUCAAGUCUGCACUCAGCGCGGUAUCGGGCGAGAGCUCUACCACCACGGGGGGCACCCGGCGCCUGUCUGUAGCGGAGCGGAUGGCCAUCAGCGCGCUGACGCGGCACUCGGACAAGGCGGCUCAGGAAACCGAGAAGAUCAAGAAGGCUGGCCAGGAUGAUCCACACGUACUUGAGCAGUCACCGCGCCUGUUGACGGAGCGGAUGAGAAGCCCACAAAAGCAGGCGGAGAAAGUUGGGCAGGAACCCGAGCAUGAGCCAGAGACUGCCGCCUUCGCCCGCGGCCCGGCGCGGUGGAAGUGGACUUCUCAGCCCUUCGAGGCGCCGCUGUGCUCCUUCCAGGAGUUGGUGAAUGCAGAGAACAAUCCCAUGCCCCUCUGCGAGGCCAUGGAGAGGGUGCGCAACAUGUGUGGCGGACAGAACUUUGCUUGGGAGAGGUCUUCCGGUGCCUAUGGGGGUAGGCUGCACGUGAAUUUUCCCAUUGUGCUGUGGUACCAACAUAGCUGGGAGAACGAGAUCAAGAAAUCCAGGACUUCUUGUGCAGUGUCCUUUUUGCACAAGUCGGGCUGCGCCUUUGUGUACCAGCCAACUGUCCCUGUCACCACACUCAUCAUUGAGCCCAAGAGGAUCUUCCGGCCCAUGUUUCAGUACGACCCGCGCUCCUUCCACACCUUCAAACUCGCCUGGCGCCAUUACUUAGACUUCGGCAGCGCAGACUACCGCGUCAUCGUGGGCAACGAGCUGGAGAGGUGGUGCCAGCGAUGCAAUGCCGCCAUCGAGAAGCCGUUCAAUGCAACCUACUGGCUGCUGCUGAUGAUAGGCUCCCUCUACCGAGAGACGCUCUCUGCGCGGCGUGUGUUGCCGCGCUUGGAACCGCCGGAGCAGGUCCCGGUGAUCUGCAUCGACUCCUUCGUGGCCUUGUCGGCCCUGCUCUUCGCGCCGGAGCGCCAGGUGCUCUAUGCGGGGGUGGACCCGACACCUGCGUACCUGAGGUGGUUGCAGUACAUUGGCGACCAGAACAACUUCCGGAAGGCAGCAGACAACACCAAGCUGACUGUCUUUGAGAUGAAUGAGUUCCUAGAUCUCCCAGUGGUGGUCAUUUUCUACGGCCGACCCAGCCGUGGGAAGGAGUCUGACCCCCUCGCAUGGGUUGGGGACCCAGCGCUGGUGCGGAGCUAUGUCGCCAGAUAUUCUGAGGACAACAAGUGCGCCUGCCAGGUGGAGCUCGCUGCACGUCUCUACACCUACUCGUGCUCUUUGGGCUGCACAGGCGCAGGAGACAGCGACGAGUGGUUCUGCUGGAACGGCCUACGAGUCUGCGAGAUUGGCGUGCCCUUGCCGCACACACAGGCCUCCUACCUCUCUCCCUUCCUCACUUCAAGGCAGGUGGCCUUUCUUUGCCCUCUGCACGGGCCCGAUGCCGACGCUCCGGGCCGCGAGAAGAAACCCAAGCCAAGCACGCACGAUGAUGAUGCGGACGAGCCUGACAAAGCCACUCGAUCAAGCACCGGGACUCACAAGGGGUCGAUUCUCUCCACGAUGGAUACGGGGUUGGAGAGCUUAGCGCCGUCCGAGGCCGGUUCAGACGAGGAAGAGGAAAGCGAGUCGAGGCGGUCUUGGUCGCACAACACGACAUCCCUCGCAGGCACCGCCGCGGCGGUGCGGGAGAAGCUCGCCGAGCGGAACCAAGGCGCCAAGUCCAAGUGCUCCUGUGGUCAGUAUAUCCAUACAGCUCAAGUGGUGGGGAAGAAGGAAAAGCAGGGAAAAUCUGCUCAAGGGGACGUUGUCGCUCCGCCAGGCGGCGAGGGGGAGGCAGAGCUGAGGAACAAGCUCUCUGCGCUCGGAGAGUAUGACCUGCUCCACACCUUUGUGGCCUUCAUGUCCGGCGGCUUGAACCUCGCCAAGGCAGUCUUGCGUCUGCACUUCAGCAUCGACCCUGCGGCAUACCAACAGCUGCCGGAGCCAGCCUGCCAAAAGUGGGAGGAUGCUUUGAUGCCAUGGUACCGCGAGUUCCAUCGCAUGGACAUGCAUAACCGGAGCCGCCAUGGCAUGCUGAUGACGAGUGUGCUGCGAGGCAUGCUCGGGGACGGCCUCACUAGCGGCCUCCACGACGAAGCUCUGGACGUGCUGCGUUUGCCGCUGCCGGCGCAAGCUCCCGCCACGGAGAGCAAACUGCAGCCGCGCGAGGCGGGGAGCCUCGCGCCACAGGCGGCGAGGCCUGUGUUACUGAGCAGCGCUGGCAGGAGCCCCAGUGCCAGCCUGCAAAGGGCUCAGUCCAAGGACUCAGUCAUCAGCACCGACGACGACCGGACCCUGGACCAUCGACAAAGCUCCAAGCUGCAACCAACCUCCAAGAAGUACCUGACCCAUGCCCAGGUUGGCUGCGCGCUCAACGGCUGUGACUCCCCGCUGGGCAUCAAGCAUCACUUCGAGGUGUUCAGCCAGUGGUGUCACAGUGCCCACUUGCUUCCCUUCGUGAGGCGCUGCUACCGGCGGUGCGGCAUCGCGGGCUUGGCGGCGGGCCAGCACGUGGGGCGCCACACCAAGGGCGCCAACCCCUUCUACCCCUUGGUGCUGCCCACGGUGCCAACCGUUUGCUACGGGCAUUGCUACCCGCUGCACAAGGUUUUCCAGUACUUCUACGCUGGCACGGAGACCAUUCUUUGCAGUGUGGAUGAUUCCAAGGCGGUGGAGGCGGACAAGGCGAGCUGGGGAAUGGUGGCGGGCCAGGACCGCCUCAACAACCAGUGCUGGUUCAAGGUGAAUGACGACCACCAUGACAUGCACAGGGAAGAGCCGCCGGAGAUGACGAGAGAGCUCACCCGGGAUGCGAGCAAGAGCUCGACUCGCCCAUCUGGCCUGUCUCGCGGCACCGUCAUCCUGAAGCCUGGGCUUGUAGGCAAAAGCGAUGAGGAGAGGAAGCAGCAGCUCAGGAGGAAGCAGCAGCUUGCCAUGAGGCGGCAGCAGGUCCCGAAAGGCCCCGGAGCGCUCACCGCGGCAGAUCCCUUCUUCUGGUUUUGCCACGGUGACUUCUACCUCUACACCUUUCCGGCCAACCAGGUGCCGCGGACCUUUUUACAAGAUCCGGCAGCUGUGACUUGCAGAUACGCCGACUUUGUCUCGCGCAGCGGAACCCCUGUGAGGCGGCCGGAGACAGCCUCCCAGAUCACGGCGGAGGCGAACGCCGACGCGCCGCCCAGUAGCUGUCUCUGCCAGCCUACAGACAUGACGGACCAUUUGCGCAAGCGAUGGCAGGUGAGCAUCGUCCACCCCGACGAGCACAAGCUGUUGCUAGGGGACCGGGGAUGGUUCCCUGGCGCUUUGGGCCACCGCUUCAUCUUCGAGGCCUCGACCCAAAACGUGGAGCGAUACGUGCUGCUGGACACCAUGCCACAGGCCUCUUUGGUGUACAUGCAGCACGUGAUUCGGCAAGAGAAGAAGGGCCAGAAGCCAGGAAAGAAGGCAGCAGCAGGAGCCGGCCGAUCCGAUUGUGGCCCUUCACCGGCGGAGGCUUCCAUACUUCUACAAGAAGAAGAAGCCUGCCAAAAAGCAGCAGCCCGAGGAGAAGCUGCGCUGGGAGACGGUGGACUACAUGCUGCCGCCGCUGGGGCCUGGAAGCUGAGGCGCUUGCGUCACCGAUGUCGCAGAUUCAUCGCCAUGGGGCGCCCCACCAUCCCGAUCUUAAGCGCCGGGCGGCAGAAAAUUUGCUGCCCGGCCUCCGGCGCCAAAGCCGAUGCCGGACGUGUCGUCCAGCAAAAAGCAGAUGGGGCGAGGCUACCUUUGUCCCAGCUGCCCCUUUCCGUGGUGGGCUCUGCCAGGGUCUCGGGGAAUUUGGCCGCGGACAACCUCCGGGUGGAAGGUUUGCUGAGCAAGAGCCCAAGCGUCAUUUACGGUGUUUGGCCCUUCCAGCUGCGCCUUUUGGAAGAUCAAGCCGUUCCCAAGUUGCCAAAGCCCUGCGAGGCAGCUCGCUGUUCGACCCCCCGGUGGGGCAGCCGUGGCCCUGGGCUUCUGCUGCAGGCAUUGCGCAGCCAUGACCGAGUGUUCGGCGAGGAGUCGACAGUGGAUUACAUCACCCAGCAGCUGAAUAUCAUGGGCGAAGAGUCCGAGGACUUUGGAGCUCUGCGCUCGUCCCUCUCAGCCGUGUCGCUCUCCUCUACUCCAAGGUCACUAGUUGGUCCUGGCCGCCGUUUGAACCGAGGCUUCACAGUGGACAGCGCCAAGCGACAGGUCUUGAAGCAGUGGAGACCGGAUGAGGAUAGCUCCUACGCUUGUUUGUUGUCGCAGCACACGUAUUUGCAGACACUAAGCACCAGUUUGCUCAUGGUGGUCAUCGCUUCUUUUGACAGGAUGACAUCAAUCCAGUUGUGUAUUAGUUUGCUCACCGACGUGGAGUUUAUCGAGCUCAGGGAGUCUUGGGAAGGCGUCCUGGUCGUGUGGUCCAUUGUGGGCUUGGUGGUGCUGUACAUGCUGAUUUGGGUCCUCACUGCGCGGGGCCGCGCCAAUGCUCAGGUGCAAGCGGACAUUGACUAUGUGGGGGAUUUAGUGCGGGUCCUCAGGGGUGGUGGCUCUGCCGGGUAUGGCCGACAGGCGCCCCCGUUGGAGCUGCUGCGGAGAGGCCUGAAGGCGACCGUUUGGCCGGGGGCCCGGCCUGAUGUUGCAGAAGGACUGUACGACGUCACCAGCUGUCAGAAGACGCCUCAGCGCUACGACCACUGCCCUGCCCUUCUCACCGGCAGCUUUUCGCCAGCUAUGCCGCGGGGAUGCAAGCGGGAGGGUGGCGAUAUUGAGACCUUACAGGAUACGCUGGAGCAUUUCCUGGGGUUCUACGGGAGCUACAGCCACGGCCGGGCCAAGCUGGUGACGGAGCACAUCCGGCUUUUCCAGCUUCAUGCGCUGGCGCAGGACUUCCUGGAAAUUCACGAGUCCUUCCGGCAGUUUGCGUGCCUGAUACUAUGUCCGUCAGCUUGUGCCAACGCAAGCGACUUGGAGACGGCCUUCUCCAGCGUGAGGAUGGUUGAAAAGCUGAACAACCUUCAGCUAGACCUCCAGCUGCUGCUGGAUGACUCCUCAGCAGACUUCCUCACAGCUUCCCAGAUGUACCUCCGGGAGGCGAAGAGCUAUGGCACCAAGCUUAUGGUGGGAGGCCCGGCCCAGUCAGCCGAAGGCAUUGACUGGGACGAGGCCCAGACAACUUGCGUGGGGCGCGUGGCUUCACGGAUUCUCUUCCCGGCGAUGCAGGUGCUUUCCCUGCAGUCUAAAAACAAUGACAGCCACAUCAUCCUCUCCGGGGUGACACGCGACCCUUUGGACCCGGCAGCGAGCUCGGGUUCCUACAUUUGUCCGAGACGCAGCGGGGAGCUCUCCUUCGGCGUGCUGCGAUCCAUGGCCUCCCAGGGAGCUGCGCAGUUGCUGCAGCUGGGCCCCGGUGGCCGGGAAGGCGCCACAGGUCAGCUUUGCCAGGCCGCCUCACCCUUCCUGAGCCAAGACGGGGACCUCUCCACGGCUUCGGGCUGGCCCCGGCGGUGGCGCUUCAGCCCCUGGGGCUCAGCGCAGGUGCCGGAGGUGGUGCAGCUGCUGGAGCUGAUCGAGGCGAGUCGCAUGGACCUGUCACAUUCCUUCAUUGCGGUGAGGCCCUCGGGGAACGGCCAGUGGGCUCAGAACUUCAGCUGCACGGGCAAGGACGUCCACUUUGACCCCAGCCUUUGCUUGGAAGUCCAGGGCUAUGGCGGCUACGUCUUCAGUGUGAACAUCCACCCGCCCUACAAAGGCGAGCUCCGGGUUGCCGGGCGGCGCCUCGGGGACGCCGCCCAGGCGCAGCCCAGCAACUUCUUCGACGUGUUGCGCCCUUAUGGCAGCCAUCACUUCGACACCGUCUCCAUCGAGCAUUUGUUCCACCGCCUGGAUGUGCUUUGGCGCCAGUCCCCGGAGCCGUCCCCAGACCUGUUCUUCCUGCACCCAGCCACCCACAACUGCCACGCCAUUGAGUAUCUCUUCUCUGGCGCACCCCUGAAGCCCAAGCUCCUGGUGGUGCCGAUCAAUCCGAUCAUCCCGCCCCCCUUCGAGGUGAUCCCUCGCUUCGAGGCCUGGUGGCACAUGCUGCGCCCCGCCUGGCGCAAGACGCGCCUGGCCAAGGGCUGGGUGCAGCACGAGGACGACAGCGUGGGGGAGCCGGACGUCAUGGAUGAGUACCUUACCACGGCCAUGUGGUUGGGUCAGUGCUCUUUGGCAGCUGUCAACAAGAUGCUGGAACGCAUGCAGAAGAAGAAGUUCCGCUACGUUUUGCAUCACGUCUCCGGGGCCUACGCCAUCUAUGUGAGGAAAGACAUCCACAAAGCCCUGGCCAUCAGGCACAACGAGGCGCUCACUUCGUCCUUUGCCAGCUGGCUGCGAGGAUGGCACUGCAGACCUGGCAACCGCUUCUUCUCAAAGCUGGAGCUGGUUGCUGGGCCUGACGUGGGCAGGUUGGCAGACCCUUCUCUGCCAAUGCGGGAGAAGGAGAAGAUUCUGUGCUACUUUCUCGAACGUCAGAACAUCGUCGUGCAGCAGCGCAGCUUCGACUGCCAGGCCCACUUGGCAGUCUUGGACCGCAGCGAGUCUGAAAGCUGCGUGCGCCCGGACUUCCGGGGCUGGGGCAACGACCAGGCAGCCUCGGAGACUUUGCAGGACUCCGUCGGGGCCUGCGAGGCUCACUGCACCGCGUCCAUGUGCAGCUAUUGGACCUUCGACCCUACAGCCCUCUACGGGCAGCCCCUCUGCUGGAUUUGGGUGGGCAGCCGCCCUGCCGAAGUGAAGGCGGAACGCGGCUGGAUCUCUGGCGACGCGGACUGCAAGCGAGCUGCCAGUCCAGAGCCACCGGAAGCCGCCGGCCCGCGGAGCUCAGAGGAGCUCGAUUUGGUGAAUGUGUCGCCCCUGAGCGGGCGCGAAGUCUUCAAGCAAUGGGCCGCCAAGGAGAUGCCUGAGAUACCUGGCAUGAAGUACUUCCUUGAGGCCAGCAACCGUGGCCGAUGUAUCCAGGGCUUCUGCGAAUGCUUUCCGCCCUACCGUGGGCCCUUGUGCGAGCAACUGGAUGCGGGGUCGAGGGAUGCCGACCGUAAUUUCACCGCGGUGCUUCACUACCUGACCUCGGAUGACGAUAUCGACAUCGAGGACAUCCAGCACAGCCUGCCGCGGCUUUGGCGGCGCUUCAACCGACGCUUCGAUUACCCCGUGGUCAUCUUCCACGACGGCCUCUCGGAAAUCCACCGCCAGGAGGUGGUGAACGCCUCAAAGAACCGGAUCUGGUUCGCCUAUGUGGACGACUACUUGCGGGUGCCGGAGUUCAUCACGGAGGACCCCUCGCGCAAGGCCGCGCUGGAUGAGAUCAAGUGGUCCCUGGGCUACCGGGGCAUGUGCCGCUUCCGCAGUGGCACCAUUUUCCUGCAGCCGGUGCUGCAGAAGUUCCAAUAUGCCAUGACGCUGGAUACAGACGGCUACUUCCCCGCAGAGGUGGAGGUCGACCCCAUUGAGGCCAUGCACAUUGGGGGGUACAUUUACACUUGGUCCCACCUUCUGCCUGACCUGCCCGGCGCUGUGAGGCACUUCUGGGAGUACUCGCUCAUGUACAUGAAGAUGAAGGGCAUUGAGCCGCGUGGCACGCCGAUCUUGCGACAGUUCGUGAGAGAGGAAGAUGUGCAAUGGACCUACCAGCUCUACAUGAACGACAUCGAGAUUGUACAGCUGGAGUGGUUUCGCUCGGAGCCAUAUCAGGACUACUUCAGAUACUUGGACUCCUUGGGCGGCUUUUGGCUGCACCGCUGGGGGGACCAUGCGGUGCGCACCAUCGCAGUGGGCAUGUGGCUGCCCGAGGAGCGAGUGUUCGAGAUGGAUGUGCCGUAUGGCCAUCAGAACUACUGCAGGUGCAGCGGAGCACAUCCCCGUCUCUCCUGCGUACGAGAAGAGGAUGUGGGUGGCGUCCCGGAAAAGUGGUGGGUGUGUGCUGGUGAGGAUGCCUUCAAGAACGAGUGA